ACAUGAGUACACAAACUCAGUCUACCCUUGACCUUUCUCAAAACUUUAUAACUAGCUUUCACCAACCUCCUCCUUUAGUCCUUCCAUGGGGCACACUGUGCAUUUUAGACCUUAGUCUUAACAAGCUGCAAGGAUCACUCCCCGUCCCACCAUCAUCCACCUUGGUUUAUAAUGUCACAAACAACAAACUGACUGGGCAGAUUCCACUACUAAUCUACAAAGCAAGUUCUCUUUAUAUCCUGGAUUUAUCUUAUAACAGCCUGAGUGGAAUCAUUCCCCAAUGCUUGGGCAAUUUUUCUGAUAGUCUGACAUUAUUGAAUCUUCGAAACAAUAAAUUGCGCAGCCCCAUUCCUCAAACAUACAAGAAUAGAACCCAACUAAUGAUAAUCAAUUUGAGUCAAAACCAAUUGGAAGGGCCAGUGCCAAGAUCAUUGAUCAAUUGCUCACUUCUGGAGAGUCCUGAUCUUGGGAACAAUCAGAUCAAUGAUAUUUUUCCCUUUUGGCUAGGAACACUUUCAAAGUUGAAGAUUCUGAUUUUGCGAUUCAAUAGAUUCCAUGGUACAAUAUGGAACCCUGACACAAGAUUUGCUUUUCCCAAGUUGCACGUUCUUGAUGUUUCUCAUAAUGGUUUCACUAGUAAGUUACCUUCCGAUUACUUCCAGAUCUGGACAGCCAUGAAAACUAUUGAUGUUAAUCAAUCGGCAUGCAUUGGAAGAAUUGAGAGAGUAGACAAUCUUGUUAACAAUUACAGUAGUUACGCGUUGUCACUGACAAACAAAGGUAUGCCACUAGUGUAUUUGUAUAUCCUAAAUAGCUUUACUGCCAUUGAUCUCUCGAGUAACCGAUUUGAAGGAGAGAUUCCGGAUUCUAUUAGGAUUCUUAAGUGUCUUCACAUGCUCAACCUUUUCAACAACAAUCUCAUUGGUCAACUUCCAUCUUCAUUGGGGAAUCUAACAAAGCUUGAAUCAUUGGAUCUUUCUUAAAACAAGUUCUUAGGAGAGAUACCUUUGCAGCUAAUUCGACUCAACUUCCUUAAAAUCUUCAAUGUCUCUCAUAAUCAUUUCACAGAUUCUAUUCCACGGGGAAGGCAAUUUGAUACACUUGAAAAUAGUUCGUAUGAAGGGAAUUUAGGAUUGUGUGGAGAGCCUUUGUCGAAGAAAUGUGGCAAUUUAGAAGCAUCACCACCAACAAUUUCAAAAUUCAAGCAAGGUGGUGAUGAUGAUGAUUCAUGGGUUUCAAUUGACAAAAGUGAUUGGAUUGUGAUAUGCACCGGGUAUGGAGGUGGGUUGGUAGUUGGGCUGAUCAUUAGGCACACUCUGACCACAUGGUAUCAUGAAUGGUUUGUCGACACUUUUGGAAGGAACCAAAAGAAGCAAGGAAGGACGAAAACCAGUAAGCGAAGAAACAAAAUUUGACGAGUUCAUCUUCUUCAUUCAUAGUGACAUCAGGAAACUAAUUUCAGAUGUAGCAUAGAGUUUCCACUAGUUAUAAAGUCUAGGUAUGUCUCCAGUUUAUAUGUUGUUGCUGUGAUGUUUCCAAUUUUUCACAUAUUUCAUUUUUCUGGAAUUUCGUCGCCGCGAGGGCAUUUAUGUAUUUUCACAUUUUUCGUACGGGAAAUUAUU